AUGUUUCUCAACUAUCUGGUGACCGACCCAGGCACCGUCCAUCUAACAAAGAGCGGAAUCGCCAUCGCCGCUGCUCUCUUCACCACGCCAGCCUUUGGCCUGAAAGGCCCAAAGACGCGGUGGAUGGCCUUUCUGAUUCAGCUCCAUCUGUACACAAGCCUCGUGAGCCAAGCAAGCUUCAGCGCCCUGUCCGACAUCUACAGCGAGAAGCUUCUGAAAGGUACCAUCCUCGGCGCGAAUGGCGCAAACGCCAUACUGGGUGCACUGGGGGCGGUGCUCAACCUCUUUGUGCACAUCCUCGUCCGACACUACAGCACGUACGAGCCCGCAUUCCUCGACGGGUAUGACAGUAAAGCCCUUUCGGUGGUGGUGUUGACAACUAUUGUGGCUCUGGUAAGCACUGUCGCGUACAGGAACGUCGAUGCGUGGGUCAGAUGGUUCACGAACGAUAUCACGGCUGUGGUUCUGCUACUUGUGUCUGCGUUUUGCUUCUCGUCAAAGUACAGUGACUUUCUCAUCCCUGGUACGGCCCUUAUGUUCAUCGCCUCCUUGGCAUACAUGAAGUACGCGCCCUUGAAAGACCACAUCUCGUCCCCUGUGGACUACAGGACGCACGAUUUCCCGCCGUCCAAGGCUCAAAAGAAACUUAAGCUUGGUCUCCUCGCCAUUGCCGGCUUUCUCGGCGCCGGGAUCGUUCCGUUCGCAACACUCGCCGAGCCUCCCCACACCCCCGAAUACAGACUAGUCAUGCGAGACGACACUGACGGCCAUUGCCUCACCCCUCCAACCAACAUCAUCACUCCAUUUACGGAGAAGAAGGAGCCUUACAAAAUCACAUCAGGCCCGGGCAACCUGACCGCUUCGCCCUUCAGCAACACGCUCGCCAUGAUCCGCUGGAACGCAAAACGCAUGGAGCGUGUACCGCUGCUGCUAAAAUACAAACCCUUUUUCCACACUGUCCACAUCUCCAUGCCGGAGAUGAUGGACGACAAGCCCGAAGACUACCACAACCUUACUCACUCCCAAUACGCGCACCACGAGACGAUCUACAUGCAGGUCGCGCACACGAUGAAACUCAUCCUCGAUGAGCAGCCCGACAUCGAGGGCCUGAUGUACUUCCACUUCGACUCCUGGAUUGACCCGAUGGCUUGGGUCGACGAGAACCGCCAGUCCAUCUGGUUCCCGACAUCACAUAACACGCGCCAGUUCGAGGGCGACGGGCCGCGGUACAUGUGUAUGACGGACUGGCAAAAGUUCCCGCAGUGGUGGGGAUGGUACCACAAGUGGAACGAGAAAGCCGUCACCGUCAACGGCGAGAUUAUUAGGAUGAACCGCGGCUACGCGGUCGAGGAAAAGGAAUUCUGCGUGGGCUGGUCGGACAUCUUCUACAUCCCGCGGCGCUUCUUUGCCGACUUCAUCUUCUUGUCCUACGUCUACGGCUGCGCGGACCUGUUCCACGAGGUGGCGAUCCCGACGAUGCUGAACAUUAUCGACCGGAGCCGCCGAAGCGAGGCGGCCAAGUUCCAGUCCGUCAUUGACCGUAUUGGAGAUUGCUGGGGUGGAUGCUGCGACGACUCGGCCACGGCGCACGACGUCAAGUGGACGCGAUGCGGACACCGGCUGAGCUACCUGAACCAUGAAGUUGUCGAUGCGCAUUACAGCCGUUUGGAAGAGCAAACGGCGUGGCUUGGCCAGACUGAGAGGGCAAAAACUGGGAACGGAAGGCGUUAA